AUGGCGAUUUCCACCAGUAUUUCACAGAUUCCCCAGGGCAGCGGUUGCCAUGAGCUCAUAAAUCGCAGUAACAUUGUGACUAGAAGCUUCAUGUCUAUCGGAGUUGGAGUUGGCUUUGAGCAACAGUUGUCUCAUAGCCACGUCUGUCUAUCAAUCACAGUAAUUGGAUCCACAGGUCUUGCACCAGCAUUCAAUUGCUUGUUGGCUUGA